GCCACUGGACUGUGCAGACACACUGUCAGCCAAUAUCUAAUUAAACAGUUAUGGAUCGCAUCACUUUCAAAGUUAAUGGAAUUUAUUACUCCGUUGGUUGCGAAGUGAACACGGAUGUGACGUUGCUGGAGUACCUGCGGCGGCGGCUGCGGCUGACGGGCACCAAGUACAUGUGCCUGGAAGCGGGCUGCGGCGCUUGCAUCGUGAGCGUGCGGCGACCGGACACCGCGCCCGCCGCCGUCAACUCGUGCAUGGUGCUGGUGACGUCGUGCCAGGGCUGGGAGGUGACGACGGUGGAGGGCGCGGGCGGGCGGCUGGCGGGCUACAGCAAGCUGCAGACGACGCUGGCGGACCACAACGGCACGCAGUGCGGCUACUGCACGCCCGGCUGGGUCAUGGCUAUGCACAGCUUGCUUCAAAGUAGAAAAAACUUGACUAUGCUUGAAAUAGAGCAGUCUUUUGGGAGCAAUGUGUGCAGAUGUACUGGAUACAGAUCAAUUCUUGAUGCUUUCAAGCGAUUUGCAGUAGACGCGCCCGUUUCUAAAAGAAUAUCAGAUAUAGAAGACUUGCAUGUCUGUCACAAGACAAAGGAUGGAUGUAAUAAAAGCAAUUGUGAGGAUUCCGACUGGUGUAUGGUGUUGAAAGAAGAAGUUGAUAAAUCUUCUUCCAUUUACAUUAAACUGGAAGAUGGCCGAGACUGGUAUAGAGUUUACACCUUAAAAGACGCCCUUAAUAUUAUUUCUUCUAAAAAUGUUGACUCCUACAUGCUUGUUGGUGGGAACACAGCUAAAGGCGCAUAUCCUAUUUUCGAUUAUCCUAGAAUAUUAAUUGACAUUACUGGAAUAUCAGAACUGAAAGGUUUUGUUUUGGAUCAAAACCUGGUUUUAGGAGCCGGCUCUACUCUCACCGAGACUUUGGACAUAUUCAAAUUAUUAUAUAGUAAAAAAUACUACUUUAGAUAUUUAGAAAAAUUAUACAAUCACAUUCAAAUGGUGGCUCACAUUGCUGUGAGGAAUAUUGGUACGGUUGCAGGGAAUUUGAUGAUAAAACACAAACACCACGAAUUUCCUUCAGAUUUAUUCCUUUUGUUUGAAACUGUUGGAGCACAGCUCACAAUUUUGACUCGUUUAAAAAAGAAAACGGUUACAAUGCAGGAAUUUUUAAAAGAAGACAUGUCUGGAAAAAUUAUAAUCAACGUACUUUUGCCACCUCUGACACCUGAUUAUAAAUUAGUCACAUUCAAGAUAAUGCCUCGCGCGCAGAAUGUUCACGCCAUAGUCCACGCUGGCUUUCUCUAUAAAUUAAACAAAAAUAAUACCGUUGUGGAAUGCAGAUUAGUAUUCGGGGGAUUGUCUCCGACAUUUUCUAGGGCGUACAGAACUGAAAAGUUUUUGGAAGGCAAGUUUCUGUUCUGUAACGAGACGUUGCAGGCCGCCAUCAAGGUGUUAGACGACGAGCUGGUCAUCACGAGGAAGCGACCUGAACUUUCUGUGGAGUAUAGAAGACGGCUUGCAAUUGGCUUGUUUUAUAAGGGUCUUCUCCGGCUGUGUCCGCGGGACAUAGUAGGUCCGCGGUACAAGUCGGGUGAGGUGAGCGUGCACGACGCCCGCGCGCUCAGCUUGCAAUGUUCGGGAGAGACAGUGUACACGGACGACAUGCCGCCCAUCAAAGACGAGGUGUUCAUUUCCUUCGCGUUGGGCGCCGUGCCGCGCGGACAUCUGGAUGCCAUCGACCCCAGCAGAGCGCUGAAAGAACCUGGAGUUAUCGCGUUUUAUUCCGCAAAAGAUAUACCAGGAAUUAACUCUUUUACACCUUAUGGAAAAAGAAUAUUUUUGGCAAAUGAAGAAAUAUUUUGCAGCGGCGAAGUAAAAUAUUACAACCAAGCGAUCGGUAUGAUUGUUGCUGAAACGCAACAGAUCGCAAACAGAGCUGCGAAAUUAGUGGUCGGACAUUACAGUGAAAUAAAAAAACCAGUUAUAGAUGUGAAAUUAGCUAAGAAUGAUCCGAACAGAGUAUCCCUUUAUAGAUCAAUAGAAGCAACCGAUAGAGGACUGGACGUGUACAAAGUAGUACAUGGGUCGAUGACUAUAUACCAACAGUACCACUUUUGUAUGGAAACGCUGACCAGCAUCUCCAUACCAGUGGAAGACGGACUGGAGGUGCACGCCGCCACGCAGUACACUGAGGGGAUACAAGUUAUGACAUCACGUGCUUUGAACAUCGCGGCUGUUGGCAAGCGGUUGCCCUGUACUACACUAUUCGAGGUCGGUGUGAACGCAAAAGGCGUCAUUCAGUACCUAAACUGUGACCUGUUCACGGACAACGGCUACGUACUAAACGAACCUCUUAUUAUGAUAGGCAUCUCGAUUUUUAACAAUUGCUACAACAAGAAAACUUGGAAUUACAAAUUUUAUAACACUAUUACGGACACAGCAUCUAAUUCGUGGUUUCGAUCACCAGGUACAUUAGAAAUAAUAGCAAACGCCGAAUUUAUAAUGGAAAAGAUAGCUUAUGAAAUGUCAUUAGAUCCGGUUGAUGUGCGACUAGCUAAUCUAGAUGAAGAUAACAGAGAAGCUAUUGAAGAAAUGUGGGAUAAUCUAAGAGUGAAAUCUCAGUACGAGGAGCGGCGCGCCGCAGUGCAGCAGUUCAACGCACAAAACAGAUGGUUAAAGCGCGGACUGAGGGUCAGCUUCAUGAGAUGGUCGUCGGAGAACCCUCAGUAUAUCUCCGCAAAUUUAUCAAUAUUCUACGAAGACGGAAGCGUUGCCAUCACCCACGGUGGCGUUGAAAUAGGACAGGGUAUCAAUACUAAAGCCGCUCAAAUAUGUGCUUAUUUUCUGAACAUUCCGCUUAGUAAAAUUCAAGUUAAACAACAAAUCACUUUUAUUUCUCCAAACGUGGGAGAAACAGGAGGUAGUGUGACGUCAAUGAAUAUCGGUCUUGCGGUGCAGAGAUGCUGCGAAAUAAUUCUUUGCAGAUUAGAACCUAUACGGAAAAUAUUAGGUAACCCUACUUGGGAGGAACUCGUCAAAGCCGCUUUUAACAACAAUAUUGAUUUGCAAGCGCGAGGUACCGUCACUGCGGCGGAUGCACUUCUCUACGACAUUUACGGUGUUAUUGUGACUGAAGUUGAAACUGACAUAAUAACUGGACAAUCUGAAAUAAAACGAGUGGAUCUUAUAGAAGAUGUGGGACAAAGUGUUAGUCCCUUAAUCGAUAUUGGUCAAAUCGAAGGGGCCUUUAUAAUGGGUCUCGGGUACUGGACGUGUGAGAAAGUGGAGUAUGAGCCGAGUAGCGGCGAGGUGCUCUCUGACCGCACUUGGAACUACUGGGUGCCGCAAGCUAGAGACAUACCACAAGAUUUCAGAGUUUAUUUCAGAGAGAAAUCACGUAAUUACGAAAUAUAUCUCGGAGCCAAGGCGACGGGCGAGCCCGCCACCAGCCUGGCGGUGUCGGCGCCGCUCGCCGCCAGGGAGGCCGUCGCCGCGGCCAGGCUGGACUCUGGAAUACCCACUACACAGUGGUUUCAAAUUGACGGUCCAUACACGACCGAACAGAUUUGUUUGGCAGCGGCUACAAAGUUUGAAGACUUCAAAUACUAUUAACACAAA